AUGGAGGCGCCGCUGCACGAGGCCCACGCGGCCCCCCAGGAACAGCAGCUGCAGCAGGAGGCUGCGCAUGGGCAGCAGCAGCAGCAGCAACAGCAGCAGCAGCAGCAGCAGCAGUUGCGGCUGGAGAGCGAUUUAGAAGGCGGGGGCCAUGCCGAAGGCCACGUGCCGCUGCUGAGCUCUCGGCCGCAGCAGCAGCAGCCGACUUUGCUGCAGCAACGGCAGCGGCAGCAUCAUCGGCACAACCGCGCAGCAGCAGCAGCAGCAGCAACAGCAGCAGCAGGAAGCUACUGGCUGCAGCUCAGGGUUUGGUGCACCCUUACAAUGCAUGCAGUGAAUAUCUUUCUGCACUCCCUCAACGCCCUGCUGCUCUUCAGGACGGGCGUCGUGGGGACUUCUCUUUUAGUCUUGUCUCUUCAGUCUCUUUCUUCUUUUCAUCUUUCCAUAAUUUACCUCGCAGACCGGCAGCCCCUUAAGGCAGCAGCAGCGCUUCUCGGGCUCAGCCUCUUCCUGGAGACAAAGGCGUUUGCUGCUGAGAGCAGCAGCAGCAGCAGCAGCAGCAGCAGCAGCGCCAGUCGCCUCGAAGAGAUUGAGGCUGUGUCUUUGCCUCUGACUCAUCUCCCGCUGCUGCACGUCUACACGAAUAUGCUGCUGUUUGGAAACGGCACCCACUUCAUACACGUCCUCAGGGGCCUGCAGGCAGCAGGAAGCCUCAAGAGUCUUAUCUUCCAGCACCCCAAGGCAGCAGCCUUUUGCGGUAAGCCAGCAGCAGCAGCAGCAGCAGCAGCAACGGCAGCAGCAGCAGCAGCAACGGCAGCAGCAGCAGCAGCACACGUUCGGCUGCUGCUGCUGUUUCACUCCGUGGACUUGUGCCUCCGCAUGCUUUCUUUGGGCCUGAUCAGCGACAGCAUUUUUGCCCCUUAUAAUUUCCUUGCUGUUUUCUUUUUGCAAACUCUCUACGUGAUUGUCUUUUUAAGUGUCUCCUUGAGCUUCCUUCCUUCUUUCCUCAAGGGGCUUUUUGCUGCUGCUGUUUCUCCCCUCCCUGUCCUCUUGGCCUCAGACGAAACUAUGUCCCGGCGUCGCCGCGCUGCUUCUGUUUUGCUGCUGCUGCGCUUCUUCGAGUUCUUUUUCAUUUUCUUUUUGGGAGCCAUUGCUUUCGACUCAGAAGCAGACGCCAGCCUCAGCACUGCUACGAAUGUCGGGCUUACGCUGCUGCUGCUGAACGUUCUGGUGCUGCCGCUGGUGCUGCUGCUGCAGCGGCACUAUACUGGGCUCGUGUCAGCGUGGCAGCAGCAGCAGCAGCAGCGCAGCCGCCGCGCCCACAUCGGGAUACGUUUGCUGCAGCUGCAGCAAGCGAGAAGCAGCAGCAACAGGAACAGCAGCAACGUGAGUGGCGCCGUUGAAGGGCAGCGCAGCAGCAGCACUAACGGGGCAGCAGCAUCAGCAGCAACAGAACGUGCUGCUGCUGCUGAUGCUGCUGCCGCCGUACCCAUUCCAUCAUAG